AUGGAUGAUGAUCAUGGCAGAGUGAAGGUCCGUACCUCAGAGGAGGAAAAAGCUAGGAAAGAAAAGGAACGCCAAGAGAAGUUAAAAGUGUUUAAACAUGCUAUGCAAACAAUUCAAUUCAAGAGAAAACAAAAUGAGCUGGAUAAAGAACUACUGGACCUCACAGGAAAAGUUUUGUCUUCAAACCCUGACGUUUACACACUAUGGAAUAUAAGGAGAGAGAUUAUUAUACAAUUUAGGCAAAAUGGAGAGAGUGAAGAUUUAUCCAAACUAUAUGAUGAUGAGCUGCAACUAACAGAGUAUUGCUUGAAAAUAAAUCCCAAGUCAUACUGUGCAUGGCACCAAAGAGAAUGGGUGCUCACUACAAGAUCUGACCCAGAUUGGCAAAGGGAGUUAGAUGUUUGUAAUAAAUAUCUAAAGUUUGAUGAAAGAAAUUUUCAUACCUGGGACUAUAGAAGAUUUGUAGUGUCUCAAUGCAAGCCGUCACUAAAAGAAGAAUUUGAUUUUACAACUGAGAAAAUACAUGACAACUUUUCAAACUAUUCUGCCUGGCACUACCGGAGUAAGAUGUUAGUUGAAUUGUAUCCUGAUUUGGAAGGUGGGAGACCCAUUGAAGAUGGCCACCACAAGCAUGAAUUGAAACUAGUUCAAAGUGCAGCUUUUACUGAUCCUGAUGAUACUAGUGCUUGGUUCUAUCAGAGGUGGUUAUUAGGUGCAGUAAAAACAACAAUAAAUCCGGUUGUCUGUGCUGUGAAACCAUCGAAGGCUACCAUAGCAUUCAGCAACCACGUGCCCUUAGACAUAGUGAGAUCUAGGACCAACUUAUAUAUCAACGAGAUUCCUUUGGAAGGCGAAUGGGUGUCUUGUACUGGCAAUCAGUACGAUCUUUUAUGGAUACUCAGACAUAACAGAGAAAUCAAUGAUGAUUUGGAUAUCAGGGUAGAAUAUGAACGGGAUACUAACGAAAAACAAAUAAUAAAAUGCGUUAAAGCCGAUAAAUGUGAAUACAUCGGCAAAAACGAAAUCAGCUUUCAGAAGCAGUAUUCUAAACCUGUGAUUGAAGAACUGAACAACCAACUCGUAGCGUGUCGACAACUGCUGGAAAUGGAGCCUGAUAAUAAAUGGACUCUUCUAACCACCACAGUCUUCCUAUAUUGUAUCAACGCUGAACUCUACCAUGAUGAAGCCAUCAAAAAUCUUCAAGAACUUAAGAAAAUAGACAAGUUACGAUCUGGUUAUUAUGACGACUUGAUUACAAAAUGGAGCAUCGAAGCAAAACUAUUGUUUGAUUACAAAACGAAUGACAAUAAGUGUGAAGUGAAGUUUCAUAAUAAGAUAAUAAGCUUGCCGUAUCUCCAGUAUUACAGUUAUUGCAAAGUGGUGGAUUUGUCUAAUCAGAAUCUGACGUCUAACAUUUUGCCAUCGCUAGUGGUUCUUCAACAUUGUAAGGUAUUAAAUUUAGCUAACAACCAAUUGACAACACUAAAAGGUUUUCCGACCCUGGAUUUGAAGGAGCUGCAUUUAGAAGGCAAUCACGAUUUGGAUAAAAAUGAAAAGCUUAGUUUAAUCAAGAAAAACUGCAGCUGCGAGAUAUUUAUUUAAAUUAUUGG